CGAUUUCCAGUUCAUAAUUUAAGGUUCAUAAACCAAUAUUUGUCUGAUUCGAAGAAAAGGUAUAAAAGAAAUUUCCACAUAGUUUGCACAGAAUUUUACUAGUAUAAAUUGAGUACGGAAAGAAUAAACAAUUGUAAAAAUGAGAGUCCUACUGGUAAUUUCUUUGUUUUUUACACUGGCCAGUAUACGGAGCAUCGAAGGAAUUUUCUUGGUUCAAUAUGCGAUUCUAUGAAAGAAAAUGGACCUGAAUGCAUUAAAAAAAUCUAUCAAAGGCUUCAAACCUGGAUGCAUAAAGGCAUCUGGUAUCUCAGAAGAAUUAGCAGAUGCAGUAACCCGGGCAGAGCUUUCACCGGAUCCGAAUCUUAUGUGUUAUUUGAAAUGCGUAUUACAAAAAAUGAAGGGGAUUAAGAACGAUAAAAUUUCCAUCGAUAUGCUGAUAGCUCAAACUAACGCUCUAGUAAUAGAAAGUAUUGCAACUCCGAUGAUUGUUGGGAUAAACACCUGUGCUCACACAACUGAGCAAGAAGACAUAUGUAAAGCUGCAUAUGAUUACUCUAAAUGCUUUUUGGAUUACAAUAGUACUCUAUGUAUGUUCCCUUGAAGACGUAUGCUCAGAAGGAAUUUGGAACUGAAAUUUCUAGAAGGAUAACACUUCUAUUCUAUUAUUGUACUUUCAAGCUUGCAAAAACGACACUGUAAUUGUAUUUCGGAAAAACUAGAAUUAUCGAAACGCAGUAAUAAAUUAAUAAAAAUGUUGCUAAAAAUUAUG